GUGGUUCACGAAACAUUGUACAUUACCCAAGGUACACUUUGGACAGAUGGGAAUCCACGUGAAAAUUCCGUUUUGAUCAAUGGUACUUCACCUGGUCCAGAAUUGCGCUUUCGUGUAGGAGAUUUGGCAUUAAUCAAGGUUUUCAACCAUUUACCAAAUCAAAAUACAACUAUUCAUUUUCAUGGAAUCAGUCAAUCACUCUCACCGGCUUCAGAUGGAACACCAAUGAUUUCUCAAUGGCCAAUUGCACCAAACAACUUUUUCGAAUAUCAAAUUCAUUUCACAAAAGCCGAUAUCGGAACGACAUUCUACCAUUCCCAUGUUGGCGCCCAGAUCAUGACUGCUCAUGGUGCAUUUAUAGUAACGGGAGAUGAAGAAAUAUCAACGAUUCCAAAAGGUGCGAUAGAAAAGACAAUGUUAGUAGGUGAUUAUUUCUAUGCAAAUGAUGAAACGAUUGUCAAGGAUCUCCUUUCGGAUCCGUUCGUUUGGCCUGGAAGUGCUUCGAGUGUUUCCCUGAAUGGCAAAUCAUGGCGUGUUUCAGACGGCUGUAACGAUACUAUUGCGGCUAUGAAAGGUUUGAAUUGCGAUCAAUCUGAUUACAAAGGUCCAGAAGUGAUUGAUGUGGAAUACGAUAGAUCCUAUCGACUUCGUUGGAUUGGCGCUCAAACUUUAAUGCACUUGGCAAUCGGAAUCUUUGGACAUUCUCAAAAGAUCAUCGCAGCGGAUGGCAAACAUAUGCAACCAAUCAACACAACUUUUAUUGAAAUUAUGGGUGGACAAAGGUAUGACACCAUUCUCAACACAAAGACAAAAGAACAAGUUGAAAGAGAAAAAACAGGUGGUUGUUACCCAAUCCGAUUUGAAACACGCUGGCGAAUUCCUGCAACGAAUGGCUGGGCAAUGUUGCGUUAUCCAAACAGCACAUGCGAUGUGAAGAUUGAUGCGCCAUUUCCACGUAACAAUACUGCCACAUAUUUGCCAGCACAGCAAUUUGGAUGGAUUUCUGAUCAGUUUCACCCGUUAAAAGGCAGUAAACAUAUUGCGCCUCAAGAUUGGGAAGUUUCAAGAAGGGUAAUUUUGCAAGCACAGCAAGUUGCAAUUGCACCUGGAAAGACGCCUGCUUUACGAUGGGACGUGAACAAUCUUGCUUAUAAUGAAUCGGAUCCAAGAGCAAAUCAUGAUAAAGUUACCGUUCAGACACCGUACUUGAUUCAAUUGUUCAAGGGUGACGCAAUGAUGCCAAGCUAUCAACGUGGCUUACAUCCCACCUCACCGGAUGUACAGCCCGGAUUCGAUGAAGUCAGCAGCACGUACGUUGGAAAAGCAGGAGAAGUGAUUGACGUUGUAAUAAUCAACAACAGUAGCGCUUUCAAUCAUGUUACAGAAACUCAUCCCUGGCACUUUCACGGCGCUGAACAUUUUACAAUAGCAAUGGGAAUUGGUGAAUUCACGGAAGAGGCUUUUCAAAAAGCGAAGAAACGAUUUUAUCCCGGGAUUGCAAGGGAUACAACUGGUGUUUGGCCUGGUCUAGGUGCUUCGAUUGAGAAACCGGCUGUCCUUUUGGCCAAUAAUACUUCAGGUGCUUGGUCUGUCAUUCGAUACAGGGUUCCGGAAGACGAUUCUUCAAGUGGAGUCUGGAUGCUGCACUGUCAUUGGGCUUUCCAUCAAAUAAUGGGCAUGUCUGUCAAUUGGUUCUUUGGACCG